GGCAGUGGAAGCGGUGGUGGUGUCGGAGGUGGCAGCAGCACAAGUAGUGGCGGUGGAUCUCAGUCUCAUUUGCCAAAGAAACCAGGACUUGACUGGAACAAGUUGAUCAAGCGGGCCCUGGAGGGCUUCCACGAGCCAGGGGGUUCCAGCUUAAAGAACAUCGAGCGCUUCCUCAAGUGCCAGGCCGAUGUGGCGGCUCACUUGUCCAGCAGUGGCUCCGUGGGGACUAACCUCUUCCACCAGCAGCUGAGGGUGGCCCUGAAGAGAGCGGUGACCCAUGGACGUGUGGCGAAGCAGGGCCCGCUCUUUAUGCUCAGUCGCAGCAGCUCUCAGGAUAGCAGCGGCGUAGCGUUAUCCCUGGAAUCGCUGCCAGCCGUCCGACUGCUGCCCCACGAGAAAGACAAG